AUGAACGGAUUUGCUGCAGUUCUCGUUUUGCUGGGAGUCUUUUGGACUCAGACUUCUGCACUGGACACCUUUGUCCUUCAAGAACCUCAGAAUAACUAUGUCACUGGAACUAUGACUAUCCACAAUGAGAAGAAUAUUGUUGAAGUCCAUGUCCGUUCUGGCGUGUAUUCCUCUGAUACCAUUUUUGACUACUCGCGUGGGUAUAUUGCAACAAGGUUACUUUCACGAAAAGCCUGCUUUAUCAUGAAAAUAAAUGAGAAAUACAUCCCAAAGCUGCAAGAAAUUGGACGCCUGGCUUUUGAGAGAGAGACCAUGAGGACAGUAUACUCUCCAAAUAAUGUGUGGGCAGAGUUUCAAUCUGGCCAUUCCUUUUUUGGGGAUAUCAAAGACUGGAUUGUCUACGGUAGAGCCAUUGAACAACUCUGCGCAGGUCUGCCUCUCUACGAGCUUGUUAAGACUGAACCACUACUGAAUGGUAACCGCUGUGCUGAUGCAGGAAUUCCAACGAUUUUGGGCAUGAAAAUCUGUGAAAAAGCCGAUUAG